AUGAAAAGAAACACCAAAGGAAAUGAAAAUACUGAAAGAAAUGAAGAUAUCGAAGAGAACAAAGAUACCGAAGAGAAUUAUGUCAAAGGGAACGAAGAUAGUGAAGGAAAUGAAGAUACUAAAGAGAAUGAGGACACCAAAGAGAACGAAGGCACUGAAGAGAAUAAAGGCACUGAAGAGAAUAAAGACACUGAAAAGAACGAAGACACUGAAGGAAAUGUAAAUACCAAAGAAAGCGAAGAUACCAAAAGAAGGAAAAUACUGAAGAAAGCAAGGAAAUAA